UAAUAUCCUAUCCCCUUUCCUAAUCUCUCUCUAUAAAUAUAUCAAUUCCUGUCCACAAACGAUUCACUAGGAGCAUCCCAUUCCAUUGCAUGUGUUAGAGAUUUACUCAUCAUCUUAAUUUAUGGCAAUAAAGCAAAAGAUAGAGAUUAAGGUGCAAGUGGAGUGCAAAAACACGAGGCAACAAGCCAUGAAGAUUGCUUCACUAACAGAUGGUGUUGAAAACGUGGGAGUGGAGGGAGAUAAGCUGGUGAUAACUGGGACUGGAAUUUACUGGGUCAGACUGCUCAAGUCGUUGGAGAAGAAAUUAGGGUGUAUACAACUCCUCACACUAGCAGAGGUGAAGCCGCCGCCGCCGCCGCCGGAUCCAAAGCCAAAGCCGAAGCAGGAGCCCCCACCGCCGCCGCCGCCUCCUUGCUCACAUCCACCUCCUAUGUGUAUUAUGGUUGAUUCCCCUUGCUCCGAUCCUUGCUCCAUUAUGUGAGCAAUGGGGAUUAAUUAACGUUAAAUAUAAAAUUAAAUAAAUAUCGUUCUCUAACAGCUUAAACUGUUAGAGUAUAACGGUUGUUUCACAUGAUAUCAUAACAGGAGGUCCUUAAUUCAAGUCAUGUCAGGCUCAUAAUAUAUUAAUUUUCUCCCAUUUAAUUCAAACCCACGUCAUGGGCCGACUAAAAAAUCUCGAGCCCAGACGUGAGGGAGAGUGUUAAAUAUAAAAUUAUAUAAAUAUCGUUCUCUAACGGUUUAAAUGGUUAAAGUAUAACGGUUGUUUCACAAUUAAUGCUAUUAAUAAUAGUGAGCUACGUAUUCUGUAAUAAGCACGAAUUAGUGAAAAUAAAACUCUGGGUCAUUACUUGCACUACUGUAAA